AUUGGUCGUAAGGCUACCGAUGUAUCGAAGUACCAAUUCUCCGAAUCCAAAUUUUAAUUUCAGCUUGGCGUUACGGCAACCGAUCGCAUGCAGAGACCUGAAUUAAGACCUGCGACGAGUUUCGCACAGGUUGGAUAGCUUGUGUAUCGGUUAAGAUACGAGAUACGUCGAACGAUAUAUCCGGCUUUAUUCAAUCACAACAAACGUUGUCAGACGCUUCGAAACGUGAUGUAACGUUAUGUGUAUAACGUCGGAACGUAUUGAUACCGGCGUUGGGACAUUGUCAGUUUCACCAUACGAUCGUCAUGAACGCUGUUUACGCCUGAUCGGCUGACAGCUGUUCAAGACAUCAGUGUGAUGUGCACUGGAUUGUUUUUUACGAGCAUCGACAUAGUAUUUUCUGGUCAUGUAAGGUUUCUCAUGCGAUGAACGAUGAAACUACUGCGUGGUUACAGCGCGUCGGAACGUGAAAGUGCAACAGCGUAAUUCUCUCGUACAUUUUGAAUGUAUUCCCCUAUCACCUUCGAGUGCAAAGUUACAGAACAGUUCGCGGUAUAAUGGCAGCUCACAAGACAGGCGGGCAAAGUGCUCGAAAGAAAGUGCAGGUGUCUAUGGUUAUAAGAGACGAGGUGGAAAAGAAACAUAGAGCUGGAGUCAAUUCAUUGCAAUAUGAUCCAGCUUUGCAUAGGCUUUACUCCGCAGGUAGGGACAGCAUUAUAAGGAUAUGGAAUUGCAAAAAUAUGAAGGACCCGUAUAUUCAAUCAAUGGAGCAUCAUACAGAUUGGGUCAAUGAUAUAGUAUUAUGUUGCGGUGGGAAAAAUUUAAUAUCGGCCAGUUCUGACACAACAGUGAAAGUAUGGAAUGCACACAAAGGUUUCUGCAUGUCUACGUUAAGGACACAUAAAGAUUAUGUAAAAGCUCUAGCAUAUGCUAAAGAUAAAGAACAGGUUGCUAGUGCAGGUUUAGAUAAAUUAAUUUUUCUGUGGGAUGUGAAUACGUUAACUGCUCUUACAGCAAGCAACAAUACAGUAACAACAUCAUCUCUUAGUGGGAAUAAAGACUCUAUAUAUAGCCUUGCCAUGAAUCAGAUUGGAACAAUUAUAGUGAGUGGUAGUACAGAAAAAGUUUUAAGGGUAUGGGACCCAAGGAACUGUACCAAGCUAAUGAAACUUCGUGGUCAUAUGGAUAAUAUUAAAGCUUUAGUACUAAACAGAGAUGGCACUCAAUGUUUGUCAGCCAGUUCUGAUGGAACAAUUAAACUUUGGUCAUUAGGACAACAAAGAUGUAUCCAAACUUACAGAGUACAUAAGGAAGGUGUCUGGGCAUUAUUGGCAACAGAUACUUUCAGUCAUGUAAUAUCAGGAGGUAGAGACAAAAGGGUUGUAAUGACUGAAUUAUCAUGUUAUCCUGAAAGAUAUACAGUUAUUUGUGAAGAGAAAGCGCCUGUGUUAAAAAUGGUCAUGACACCUGAUCAGUCCAGUAUUUGGGUGGCAACUAGCGAAUCUACUAUAAAUAAUUGGUCUAUAAGUCAAAAGGAUUGGCAAGAAUUAGGAAUUGAGGAUUAUUGUGACUCUGCUAGUGGGGUAACCUCGCAUGUAAGAAAUACAGAGCCUGCACAAAAGAUAUUGGGUGGUCCAGCGAUACGGCACUGUCAUGUUUUAAAUGACAGAAGACAUGUUUUAACAAAAGAUACAGAAGAAAACGUAGCUUUAUAUGAUGUAUUAAAGGCACGAAAAGUUGAAGAUUUAGGGAAAGUAGAUUUUGAACAAGAAAUAAAAAGAAGAAAUAAAAUGGUAUAUGUUCCAAACUGGUUUAGUGUAGAUCUUAAAACUGGGAUGUUGACCAUCCAUUUAGGGCAAGAUGAAAAUGAUUGUUUUUCUGCAUGGGUUUCUGCAAAAGAAACUGGUCUUGCAGAAAAUGAUGCAGUGGAUCAAAAAGGUAAUGUUUAUUCUUUUAUGUACAUGUUAUUUUUCACUAUUCUUACAAUAUCAUAUCUUGUUUUUCUUUUUCUUUCAGUAAAUUAUGGAAAUCUUUUGCUGCAAGCUUUAUUGGAACAUUGGUGGAGACCAUUACAUGUUGAUGAUGAAAAUGAAGGUAACAGUAAUGAUGGUAAUGGUUCUAUACAUACCAGAGGAGGAAAUCUGUAUUUCUCAGUACCAACUCAUACACCUGUUAUAUUCAGUGAAGUAGGAGGCAGACCUUUGUAUAGAUUGUUAGUUAGAGAUGCUGCUGGAGAAAUGGAAGGAGUGUUAUUAAAUGAAACUGUACCAGCAUGGGUAGUUAACAUUGUUGUGGACAAAAAUCUUCCACAAUUCAUAAAAAUAUCAUUUUAUCUUCUUCCACAUGCUACAUCUGGCGUCAAAAGUUUAAAAAAGGAUCGCUUAAUCGCAAACGAUUUUAUACAAAUUCGUAAAGUAGCAGAACAUGUUUGCGAUAAAGUGCUUGGUGCCGGAAGUGAUUCAGGAUCGGUAGCAGGUGCUGGAAAUACAGUUUCUGGAGGAUCUCCGGCAGGAGAUAGGACAAAUACGGAUUCAAACGCUGAUAAUUCUUCGCUGGCCGAAGAAAAAGUAGAAUUGUUAUGUAAUGAUCAAGUUUUAGAUCCUUCUAUGGAUUUAAGAACUGUCAGACAUUUUAUUUGGAAAAGUUCAGCAGACUUAAUACUUCAUUAUCGGCCAGUAAAAUAGUUAGGGCUAAGUACGUCGGAACAGAGAUCUCUAAAGUGUGCUUGGUUUUUUACCGUCAUAAAAAUAACGGAAGAUAUGUGGUCUAGUUGCAGAGUGUGGCAUCUCACAUUACCUUCAUUUCAUGAAAUGUUCAAUCGAAUUUCAGUGGAUGUUUCAUUAGAUGCUGCAACUGAAGACGAGUAAAAGCCAGGUUAUAUAUAGAAUAUUUAAAAUUAAAUGAAUGAAAGGCAAUAAUGUGUUGGAGUAUUAAUAUAAAUUGCUCAUAUUUGUACAUUAAUAUCCUGAGGCCAAAUUCAAUAAUAUAACCAUAAUUUCAAUUAGUCUGCUUCUAAAAGCAUGUUUUUUGUACUAGUACAAAGUAUUAAAUAUUUGAUGUCAGCCAUUUAUAGUCUUCCCACUUCGAUAAUACAAGGAAAGUUAAGCACAAAAAGUAAGGGAUAAAGCAUAUGGCCCAGGAAAUUAUUAUAUGUACUUUUAAAUGCUAUAUUCUUGAUAUGCUUCUCAAUCUUUUCUUUAUUAAUUCUAUAUAGUUAUUUUUUUAUAAUUUAUAAACUAUUACUUUAUUUAAACAAACAAUCGAACAAACGAAAGAUACAUACUUAUUAACAGUACUCCACACAUCUGCCUUGUUAUUUAUAAAAAAAAAAAAAAAAACUAUAAAAGGAAGAAGGAAAUGUCAAUUUACUAUUAAUCAAAUUAAAAUUGAACAGCCAAAUUAACGAUUCAAUAUUUCCUAUUAAUAAUAUAGGAAAUAACAGUGUAUGUCUUCAGUAUAGUAAGAUCAAAUUCUGUCUUUAAUGGAACUUCCAAUAAUUAAACUUUUAUUACAGAUAUAUAACGAUGUUUCAUAUGAGAGAAGAAAAGUAUAAAUUUAUAGUUGUCGAUUAAAAAAAUAUAAUUGGCAGAAUUUGACCUUAGAAGACAACUAUAAUAGAUAACAAACAAAAAGUGUGUAGUUAAUCAUACGUUAAAAUAUUUACUCUACUAGAAUUCUACAAAUUGUACAUACAAAUACGAUUGUAAGUAACGUCACCCUUAACCAUGGUGAUGGGCUGUAUACAUAAAAUCGAAGCAAAUGUAUCAAAAAUGGAAGCCUUUACACCAAUUUCAUUAAAUUGGGAUAAAUGCUUAACUUUUCUAAAAAAAGAAAAAAAGUGGGGAGCGUACAGAAAGGGGGGAUAAUAGAAAAAGAAAAAAAGGAAAGAAAACAUUGUUCUUCAUUGAUACGGCCCUAAACGUAAUUUUUGUGUUAUCAAAUUGACGCAGAAAUAACUUUUUAAUAAAUCUGGAGAUUAUGUUAUUGUUACAUUUUAACAUGCUACAUACAGUGUAAGUAUUUAUUUGCUAAGCUUUUGUUACAUUUAUUUAAUAAUAUAAAAAAAAAUAUUUACUAUUGCUUAGUUAUAUUCCUUAUUCUUAUUAGGAAUUUUUAGAGCUCUGUGAUAAAUGUUUCUUGAGCUAAGGACGUUAAUUAAUAGAAUAGCUACCAAAAAUAUUGUAUAUUUGCAGUUAAGUUUGAUUCAUUUUUAUAUUUGUAUAUCGGCAUUAUAUGUAUAUUUUUGGGAAGACCUAGUAUCAAUUAUGUCACAUUUGAUUAUUUUAUUCAUUUUUCAACUGAAAUAUAUUUUCGUAAAAUGACCCUCGUUAUUGCAACAGAAAAUCAACACGUGCCUGAUCUUAGAUUAUAAGUUGUAGAGGGCAUUUAAAUUAUGAACUGAUGUAAUAAUCUUUUGAAAAUAACAUGGAUUGUAAGUUAAUGCUAUUGCGGUGCAUAAUAGUAGAAAAUAUUUUGUUAGAAUCUAGUAUUUAGUUGUAUAUUUAUAAGUGUUCUGUUCAUAAGUUUAUUUAUAUAAUACUAGGCGCAAGAUCGAUUGUUUAUUGUGUUUUUAGCAGUAACAAUUGAACGAGAUUUUUUGAUAAUUUAUUAUUUUGUUUUAUUGUAAAAAAGAACUCUUACGUAUUUUCUUUUCCGUAUUAUAAUUGAAUUUUUAUGUUACUUGCUUAAUUGCAAAUUCAUAAAGAUUUACUAUGUUUUUCAAUAGUUUCACUUGUAGGUACUAUUAUAUUAGUUUUAGACACAGAAUGUGCAUUUCAUACAGUAUUCGUAAAAGUUAUAACUGAGCCUUCCUCAUUAAAGAAAUAACAUUGUUCAUUAAUGGAAGUAUUAAUGUAUUAAAAAAGCGCUUGUAAUUACACUUUUGAAACGUGA